UAGAUAGGGCGAAAAUGACAAGGGGAAGGAGACGAAUGAACGAAGCACCAAAAAUAGGGGCAAUGCAAGAAGCACCGGCUGUGAAACGAAAGGGAAAAUAUGCAAAAUGUCAGGUCAAACCAAACCCUGUUGAAUUAGGUUAGGGUAGCCUGGAAGGACGAGGGAGGCAGCGACAAAGGCCCGAAUGUACCGGUACACCAACGAGAGGAGAGCUCCAUUCGCAUUCAAUGCGAGGCAACGUAUCGUAGCGAAUCCACUUCCGGGUGGUAUAGGACUCGGGCUUGGGACUGGGGACGUCAUGGACGAACUGCCCAACGGCAUCCCUUCUGAUUGGGCCACGUCUCACGGGCCCAAUGGCCCUGGGCGGACGGACAUCGACAGAGGGUCUUCUUCCGGAAGCAUCACUGGGGCAAGGAGGGGAGAAGUCGGAGGGCUGCCGUCUGCAAAACCUCGCAGUAGUGGUGGCGGGGGGGGGGGAAGUGGGCUGCGCCGUGCAGUCCGGAUAGGAUGCAGGCUGGUGCUUCGUUGAGAGAGUCCUUAGCGUGGUGGGGGUAGUGCCACCACACCAUCGGGAGACCCUCUGAUUGUUGUUGCUUCCGGGGAUGGUUUGCUCUUUGCCCUUUGCCUUUUCAUUUUCCUUGUUUCCUCUCCUUUGCCGUUUGUUCUUUUACCCUGCUUGUUU